CAUCUCAUUCUCGUCUCGUCUACUCAAAUCUCAUUCUCUCUCUCAACUCUCAAGAUCUUGGCGAACUUAGUUUCACCGUAUCUACAAGAACAGAAAAGAACACCAAUUCAUCAAAAAGAAGAAGAACAGGUAAAAGAAUUUGAAGAUCCCGGUUUUGUGUCUAGCAACGCAACCAAAGAUGACUAACCAGCUAAGUUUUGCUAGUUAUUGUGGCAGCAAAGAUCAAGAAGUAGAUACUACUCAUCAAGUGAUUUCACCAACACCAUUAUCAAACCUUACAGAAACAACCCAUCAUUCUAGUAACCUUGAUGAACACAAUCGUCAACAACAACAAUCAGAAAAAGAAGAACCAACUCCGGCUACAACUACUACUGAUGAGAUCAGCCAUAUCGAAAACGAGGAGGAACCAGCUUCUGUGGUAAAAAUGUCAGUUGAUAAGUACUAUUCUCCUUUGCCAGCGGUGGAAGUUGUCUCGGGACGUGAAAGAUUAAAGAGACAUAGAAAUGAAGUAGCAGGUCGGGUUUGGAUACCAGAUUUAUGGGGACAUGAAAAGCUUCUCAAGGAAUGGACUGAUUGUUCUGCUUUUGAUUCUGCACUAUUCCCCAACGGACUUAUGUCAGCUCGUGCAGCAUUAGUUCGAGAAGGAAGGCGAGCCAACAUGGAGAACAGGUGUUCUUGAAUAUGAUAAGUACCUACAAUUUGAUUAUUAUUAUAAUUAAUAAUAAAAACAAGAAAGAUUAAUUUUUUUCUCCAUGUUUAAUAAAGUUGAAUCGGAGGUCAUUUCUUACUAGUUAGGUCUAAAUAUGUAGAGAGUAUAUGUAUACGAAUAGUCCUUUCGAUUCUGUUUCGCACUCAAUUUUGAAUAAACUCUCCAUGAACAGACUAUGCAAACGCAAGCUUACAUUUGCUUUAUUAGUUCUUUUCUCCAGACGUCUACCGGGAGUAAUUGUCUUUGGAUCUUAAACUUUUAUCUGAAAGUUUUUGGAUAUUCUCUGUUUGGUUUGUCAAUUUCAUUUGAUGGCAACCGCAAUAGUACUGUGUAAAUUAAUCCAAGAAUAGACGGACACUUGCAUCAAAAAAAAAAUUAUAUAUAUAUAUAUAUAUAUAUAUCAGACAUAACUAGCGUGGAACACUUGAGUCCCAAACUUUCGUCCUCCUGAUGAGAAGCCGCUGAGAUUAUUUUGCAUGCUAUUGAACUAGCGUGUGAGCUGCUUUUGUACUUUUGUGUGAUACAGUUCUAUCAGAAAAUCCGUGGAACCAUUGGAGAUCCAUGACCGGGUUUUUCUUAUCUUUCUUUUUUUUUGUUUGCCAAAGAUUGUAAAUCAAAUGAUAGGAGUUUGCUCACUAUCGUAAACAGCAUGAUGUGCCUGAUUGAGAUCCUUACAAAAAGCUACAUUGGAAAUAAAAACAAUCAUGUUAAAGGGGUGGCGGAUUUCA